GUGUCUCGCGGUUCAGUUUCUUUGCAGAGGCAUUUUCACUUUGAUUAAUUUUUAAAAAAAAAGAACAAAACUAAAACGCAACGAAAUAUAUGUAACUAGAGAAGUUUAUUAUGUAUGAGACGUGGUAAUUAAUUCUCACUUGUAAACUGUCUGAAGUCCUAUUUAUCACAAUUUAAUACAGAAAUAUGUAUUGGUUCUCAGUUAAUCACGUCAUUCGAAAAGUGGAUCUUCAAGUAAUUACUCUCUCAGUGCUAUUAUUGCAGAUGUGCUUGGGCAGUAAUGUAGCAUGCAAAGAUUAUUAUGGGACCCGUAUUCACCCUUCUGUAACUGGCAUUCCAGAAGCUGAUAUGUUGAUUAACAUGUCAAACAUCCGAUCAAAUAUUCGGUGCUUUUCUCUUUGUAUGACAUAUUCCGAAUGUGGUAUGAUUAUUUACAGCGUUUCCGAUGAAGUAUGUAUCCUACGUAAAAUCAAGCAACUACCUGGUGCCACAUCAUUCAUCGAAAUUCCUCCAAACAGUAUUUACACCAUACUACAAGCUCCUGAAUGCCCAACGUCAGAUGGCUACACUUACCAACCAGAACUCAGAUUAUGCUUUCGAAUAGGUCAAACCAAAAUCACAUGGAAUGAAGCUGCAAACGUUUGCAAUAAGGAUCGAGGACAACUUAUCCACAUAAAAAAUCUAGAAAUAAUGAAGUACCUACUAAACGAAUUGAGAACGUGGCCAGAUGAACAUUUCUAUUUUGGAUUAUGUAAAGAUAUUAAAAAGAACGCCUUUGUAUGGCAGAAUGGAGAAGCGCUUACGUUUUCUUUUUGGAUGCAAAAUAGACCUGACGAUCGUACUGGCAAUCAGAACUGUGGAUGUUUAGACAGUAUCGGUAGUCACAAAUGGAAUGAUGUUCGUUGUAACGUCAAGGGUCAGGCGAGACAUAUAUGCGAGAUAGUCUUGCAAUAAAUGUGCAGCUGAAAGAACGGUAAUUACACACACACACACACACACACAUGCACUAACAGAGGCAAGCAUAUACAGAGACACACACUUAUGCAUGGCUAUAUGUGUGUAUAUGCAUGCAUACAUACAUAAAUACAUACAUACACACAGACACACUCACACAUACACACGCAAACACACACACACAUACGCACACACUCAUAUAUAUAUACAGCAAUGUGGAACGAGGAAAUUAAUUUGUGAACACCGAAUUGGUUGAUAUAAUUUCUUUAUUUGUGAAUUAAGGCUAACAUUGGUUUCAUAUUAGAAAAGUAGGAAAAUAUCAU